GGACAACAAGAAGUUUCGCGAAAAAAUGAACAAAUUGAAAUCAACACAAAAGGAUCGGGUGAAAAAAUUCAUAUCCCUAACACAGACGGGUGAACAGACGGCCAUCUAUUGCCUGCAGCAAAAUGAUUGGAAAUUGGAUUUGGCCAGCGAUAACUACUUUCAGAAUCCCGAAUACUAUUAUCGCGAAUUGGAUCGCAAACGUAUCGAUCAGCUGUUUAUGCGCUAUCGUGAUCCCAACGAUUCACAGAAAAUCACCUCCGAGGGUGUGAUACGUUUUCUCGACGAUUUAGAGCUAAGUCCCGAUUCGAAGUUGGUCCUAAUUAUAGCAUGGAAAUUUCAUGCCGAAGUACAGUGUGAAUUUACCCGCGAGGAAUUUGUUAAUGGCAUGUCUGAAUUGGGUGUCGAUAGUAUUGAUAAACUGAAAGCCAAAUUGCCACAGCUUGAAAUGGAACUGAACGAUUUGGCAAAAUUUAAAGAUUUCUAUCAGUUCACAUUUAACUAUGCCAAGGAUCCAGGGCAGAAGGGUAUCGAUUUGGAUAUGGCCAUAGCGUAUUGGACAAUUGUGUUAAGUGGGCGUUUUAAAUUUCUGGAUUUAUGGUGUAAGUUUUUAAAGGAAAAACACAAACGUUCAAUACCCAAGGACACAUGGAAUCUGCUGCUCGAUUUUGCCACACACAUUGAUGACAAUAUGAGCAACUAUGACUCGGAGGGAGCAUGGCCUGUGCUAAUUGAUGAUUUUGUCGAAUGGUGCCAAGAGAAUCGACAGCUGUUACAACAUUACCUGCAAAGCAACAAUACAGCCCUAACGUCGUCGGCUUCACCUCAGCAGCAGCAAAGCAGUCAACAGAAGAACAUAUCCAAUAGCUUUCAAACAUCAGCAGCGCACAAUAUGAAUUAUGGCUAACGAUUGUUUGUUUACGAUUUUUAAAAUG